CAACGAUUGGUGCUACGUGUGGACCUGGUUCGAAGGAUACUUAGUAAAGGUUGUAAAUUAAAACAAGUUGAAACAAAAAUGGGCCGGGCCAUCACGUGGCUCGUGGUCGCAUUUAUUAUUGCGAUCUUAGCGCCAAGCGUUGUUGGACAAGCUAACAGCACAGCACAAAAUGCUGGGAAUAAUCAGACGAGUAUUCUGCAAUCAGUUAGUCAAACGAAGCUGUUGGAAAAUCUACUGGGAAUCUUAGGGGAUGUAGUCAAUAACUUAGGCGGCGCACAAACCACAACAAAUAACACAAACAGUGAGCAAGCAUCAACUGAUUACGAUUAUUAUGAUGACGUCGAGAAACCGCUACUAAGCGGAUGCUUAAAACUUCUUAGAGCAGCCACCAUAGAUCCAAAUACUAGCGAGCCUGGUGUACUAGGUAAUAUUAUACGCACCUUACGGAAUUUACUGGGUAGUCUUCUUGGCGAUCAAACUGGGGACACCACCCAAAGUUCAGGUUUAUUGGAUCUGGAUGUUGUAGCCGAUCUGGUUGGUGACGGGGAAACCAGUUCAAACUCCACAAACACUGAUCAUCUCGUAAGUGUCUGCCUGAAUCUUAUACUAGGCGAUAUACUCGGCGUCCUAGGAGACGUAAUAAAAGGAUUUAAUGGCACCUUGCCAUGCCCACCGGAGUCUGCACAAACGCAAGCGACAUUGACAACAUUAUUAACGACACCAAUAGACCCAAGCGCUAUUUCAACGUUAAUAUCGACUUUGCAAACAACAACAGCUGCUUUGACUGAAGCUACGACCACCUUAUCACCAGCAACCACAAUGCAAACCUCAUCACUUUCACCAAUAUCUACCACUUCACAAUCAACAAUCGAAACGAUAACAAUGCCAUCAACACUAACUCCAACAACUGAAUCUUCCACCACACCAACCAGUUCAGAAUCAACAAGUGAAAUUUCCACAUCACCAACAACAGAAAGUUCUACCACCCCAACCACUGAAUCUUCCACAUCACCAUCAACACUAACACCAACAACUGAAACAUCCACCACACCAACUAGUUCAGAAUCAACAAGUGAAGAUCCCACAUCACCAACAACAGAAACCUCAACCACUCCAACCACUGAAUCUUCCACAUCACCAUCAACACUAACACCAACAACUGAAACAUCCACCACACCAACCAGUUCAGAAUCAACAAGUGAAAUUUCCACAUCACCAACAACAGAAACCUCUACCACCCCAACCACUGAAUCUUCCACAUCACCAUCAACACUAACACCAACAACUGAAUCUUCCACAUCACCAUCAACACUGACACCAACAACUGAUACAUCCACCACACCAACUAGUUCAGAAUCAACAAGUGAAGUUUCAACAUCACCAACAACAGAAAGUUCUACCACCCCAACCACUGAAUCUUCCACAUCACCAUCAACACUAACACCAACAACUGAAUCUUCCACCACAUCAACCAGUUCAGAAUCAACAAGUGAAAUUUCCACAUCACCAACAACAGAAACCUCAACCACUCCAACCACUGAAUCUUCCACAUCACCAUCAACACUAACACCAACAACUGAAUCUUCCACCACACCAACCAGUUCAGAAUCAACAAGUGAAAUUUCCACAUCACCAACAACAGAAACUUCUACCACUCCAACCACUGAAUCUUCCACAUCACCAUCAACACUAACACCAACAACUGAAUCUUCCACCACACCAACCAGUUCAGAAUCAACAAGCGAAAUUUCCACAUCACCAACAACAGAAACCUCUACCACUCCAACCACUGAAUCUUCCACAUCACCAUCAACACUAACACCAACAACUGAAUCUUCCACCACACCAACCAGUUCAGAAUCAACAAGUGAAAUUUCCACAUCACCAACAACAGAAACUUCUACCAUCCCAACCACUGAAUCUUCCACAUCACCAUCAACACUAACACCAACAACUGAAUCUUCCACCACACCAACCAGUUCACAGUCAACUAGCGAAGAUCCCACAUCACCAACAACAGAAACCUCUACCACUCCAACCACUGAAUCUUCCACAUCACCAUCAACACUAACACCAACAACUGAAUCUUCCACCACACCAACCAGUUCACAACCAACAAGCGAAGAUCCCACAUCACCAACAACCGAAACCUCUACCACUCCAACCACUGAAUCUUCCACAUCACCAUCAACACUAACACCAACAACUGAAACAUCCACCACACCAACUAGUUCACAGUCAACUAGCGAAGAUCCCACAUCACCAACAACAGAAACCUCUACCACUCCAACCACUGAAUCUUCCACAUCACCAUCAACACUAACACCAACAACUGAAACAUCCACCACACCAACUAGUUCACAGUCAACUAGCGAAGAUCCCACAUCACCAACAACAGAAACCUCUACCACUCCAACCACUGAAUCUUCCACAUCACCAUCAACAAUAACCCCAACAACUGAAUCUUCCACCACACCAACUAGUUCACAGUCAACUAGCGAAGAUCCCACAUCACCAACAACCGAAACCUCAACCACUCCAACCACUGAAUCUUCCACAUCACCAUCAACACUAACACCAACAACUGAAUCUUCCACCACACCAACCAGUUCAGAAUCAACAAGUGAAAUUUCCACAUCACCAACAACAGAAACCUCUACCACUCCAACCACUGAAUCUUCCACAUCACCAUCAACACUAACACCAACAACUGAAUCUUCCACCACACCAACCAGUUCAGAAUCAACAAGUGAAAUUUCCACAUCACCAACAACAGAAACUUCUACCACUCCAACCACUGAAUCUUCCACAUCACCAUCAACACUAACACCAACAACUGAAUCUUCCACCACACCAACCAGUUCAGAAUCAACAAGUGAAAUUUCCACAUCACCAACAACAGAAACCUCUACCACUCCAACCACUGAAUCUUCCACAUCACCAUCAACACUAACACCAACAACUGAAACAUCCACCACACCAACUAGUUCACAGUCAACUAGCGAAGAUCCCACAUCACCAACAACAGAAACCUCUACCACUCCAACCACUGAAUCUUCCACAUCACCAUCAACACUAACACCAACAACUGAAACAUCCACCACACCAACUAGUUCACAGUCAACUAGCGAAGAUCCCACAUCACCAACAACAGAAACCUCAACCACUCCAACCACUGAAUCUUCCACAUCACCAUCAACACUAACACCAACAACUGAAUCGUCCACCACAUCAACCAGUUCAGAAUCAACAAGUGAAAUUUCCACAUCACCAACAACAGAAAGUUCUACCACCCCAACCACUGAAUCUUCCACAUCACCAUCAACACUAACACCAACAACUGAAACAUCCACCACACCAACUAGUUCACAGUCAACUAGCGAAGAUCCCACAUCACCAACAACAGAAACCUCUACCACUCCAACCACUGAAUCUUCCACAUCACCAUCAACACUAACACCAACAACUGAAACAUCCACCACACCAACUAGUUCACAGUCAACUAGCGAAGAUCCCACAUCACCAACAACAGAAACCUCUACCACUCCAACCACUGAAUCUUCCACAUCGCCAACAACAGAAAGUUCUACUACACCAACCGCUGAAUCUUCCACAUCACCAUCAACCAUAACAUCAAGCACUGACUCUUCGACUACACCUUCAACAAUAACACCAACAACAAACUCACCUACUACGCAAACUGCUGCACUACCAGCAUCAGAUUUUACACCAUCUUUAUCGACUUCCACCACAUCAACCAGUUCAGAAUCAACGAGUGAAAUUUCCACAUCACCAACAACAGAAACCUCAACCACUCCAACCACUGAAUCUUCCACAUCACCAUCAACACUAACACCAACCACUGAAACGUCCACCACACCAACUAGUUCACAGUCAACUAGCGAAGAUCCCACAUCACCAACAACCGAAACCUCUACCAAUCCAACCACUGAAUCUUCCACAUCACCAUCAACACUAACACCAACAACUGAAACAUCCACCACACCAACUAGUUCACAGUCAACUAGCGAAGAUCCCACAUCACCAACAACAGAAACCUCUACCACUCCAACCACUGAAUCUUCCACAUCACCAUCAACACUAACACCAACAACUGAAUCUUCCACCACACCAACCAGUUCAGAAUCAACAAGUGAAAUUUCCACAUCACCAACAACAGAAACCUCUACCACUCCAACCACUGAAUCUUCCACAUCACCAUCAACACUAACACCAACAACUGAAACAUCCACCACACCAACUAGUUCACAGUCAACUAGCGAAGAUCCCACAUCACCAACAACAGAAACCUCUACCACUCCAACCACUGAAUCUUCCACAUCACCAUCAACACUAACACCAACAACUGAAACAUCCACCACACCAACUAGUUCACAGUCAACUAGCGAAGAUCCCACAUCACCAACAACAGAAACCUCUACCACUCCAACCACUGAAUCUUCCACAUCACCAUCAACACUAACACCAACAACUGAAUCUUCCACCACACCAACCAGUUCAGAAUCAACAAGUGAAAUUUCCACAUCACCAACAACAGAAACUUCUACCACCCAACCACCGAAUCUUCCACAUCACCAUCAACACUAACACCAACAACUGAAUCAUCCACCACACCAACUAGUUCACAGUCAACUAGCGAAGAUCCCACAUCA